AUGGGUAAAUAUGAUGCAUCAAGAUUAAUUGAGUAAUCAGUUUUUCCUUUGAUAAGGAUAAGUCUUUUUUUAAAUUAUUUUAAAAAAACAUAUUUUGGUGAUGAAAUAUUUAUGCUAAGAGUAAUUCUAAACAGAAUUGAACCUAAAGCAAGUUAUAUUGAAAUUAUUAAAGAUUUCCAUAUGAUACCUAUAACGGGAUUGCUUAAAGGUCCAACAAUUAAUGCAUUUUUAAUAGGAUUUUUAAUGAUUAAAAUCAUCUUUAUAUUAAAUGAUUACAGAAAUUUAUAUAUUAAUUAUCAUUAUACAAUAAUGGCAUUAUUUGCCCUAUGA